AUGGCUCAAGAGAAUGAAACUGUUGCCAAGUACACGAAAAUGCUCAAGAUGGGUUUGCCGUCAGGUGCAGUUCAGCAAAAGAUGCUACAGGCUGGUGUUGCACCAAGUGUAAUAGAUGCAGUGAUGGAAUCUGGUGCUAGUAGUAUUAGGGUGGAACGAUCCGAUGAAGACGAAGAAUCUCAAGUCAUUGAGAGCUACAAGAAAAUGCUCAAGAUGGGUUUGCUGUCAGGUGCAGUUCAGCAAAAGAUGCUACAGGCUGGUGUUGCACCAAGUGUAAUAGAUGCAAUGAUGAGAUCGACGGUUGGAAAUUCGUCGGCGGAAUUUACUGCAGUUGCGCCCGCUUCUUUCGCUGCUGAACAGACUGUGGACGAUGAGAAACCAACUCCAAUUUAUGGGAAUGAUACCGUUUCUGAGUCCGAAUCCGAGGGCGACACGAAAGUUGAUAUGGCGAACAUUGCAGACUUGGACUAUGAUACACUUGUCAAACAAAUCACGGCAAAGGAGCAAAAGAUUCUCACUUUCUGGUUUUGGUCCAAAAGGUACAAGGACAAACGAGCUGUACUUCAGAAUGAGAUUGAUGCGUAUUGGCAAGAGCUAACGGGGAGAAAUGAAUAUGAUGACGAUGAUAAAGAACAAUGGAUAGCUCGAAAAGAAAAUGGGACAACGCCAACUCUCUGGAAGACUACAAUGACCUAA